CCUCAACAGCCCGCUCAAAUUCCACAUCGAUUGCAAGCCAUUUCAGACAACAACCGCAAUCAUGGGUGGAGUUACCGUACGCGAUGUCGAUGCGCACAAAUUCAUCAACGCCUAUGCCGAUUUCUUGAAGAGACAGGGAAAGCUCCAAAUACCUGGUUGGGUUGAUACCGUCAAGACCUCACACUCCAACGAACUUCCUCCCCAGUCCGCCGAUUGGUUCUACGUCCGAGCUGCCGCUGUGGCCCGACAUGUCUAUCUCCGAAAGUCUGUUGGUGUUGGUCGCCUGCGAAAGGUUCACGGAAGCACAAAGAACCGUGGCUCAAGACCUUCACACCACGUCGAUGCCUCGGGAUCCGUCGACCGAAAAGUCAUGCAAUCCCUGGAGAAGCUAGGAAUCUUGGAGAAGGUUGACGAGGAUGACGAAGGCUCGAGCGGAAAGGGUGGCCGAAGAAUCACGCAGGCCGGUAUGCGAGAUCUGGACCGUAUUGCUCAAACCGCAGUUGAGGGUGAUGAGGAUGAGGAAUAAAUGUGAAGUCCAAAAGCGGCGUCGAGGGGUGCAUACGGAAAUGCUAUUCCAUUUCUCUGCCUCAACGGCAGACGGAUGGUGACAACAAGAGUCACCAAAAAGCUUUUUACGAAGCAGAGAGCAUUCUUGCACGGGCGGGUCAAUGCGUCAUCUGGCUAGCUGUUGCAAGGUCUAUCGGCAUGAUUCAGGCAGAUGAGGCUCAAUGAAACUACUUCAAUGUUGUAACAACGCGCGCUCAUUUUGAAUUCCCUGUUCUUACGUUGGCUGCCUGUCUCCUUCAAUCCUAGCUCGGGAAGUCAAGCCGACAGAGAUGGGCUUGUCUCUUGGAAAAUUAGCAGAGCAUACAGUCUCAAUGUAGACUAUGUUAU